AUGGCUUCCGACCAGAUCGCCCACGAUUUCCCAGGCUUCUUCAAGGUCUACCAAGACGGCCGCGUCGAGAGAUACUGGGACACCGACCACUCCCCCGCUGGCCUCGAUCCCGAAACCGGAGUCGAAUCCAAGGACGUCCUCAUCUCCCCCGAGCCCGCCGGCGUCAAGGCCAGAAUCUUCCUCCCCAAGGUCCCCGCCGGCAAGAAGCUCCCCAUCCUCCUCCACUACCACGGCGGCGGCUUCUGCAUCGGAUCCCCUUUCGCCACCCCUUUCAAGAUCUUCCUCUCCACCCUCGCCACCCAGUCCGGCGUCAUCGCCAUCUCCGUCGACUACCGCCUCGCUCCCGAGCACAAGCUGCCCACCGCCUACGACGACUGCUGGGCCGGGCUCCAGUGGCUCGCCCGGCACGCCGACGGCCGCGGACCCGAACCCUGGCUGAACCAGCACGCGGAUCUGGGGAACGUGGUCCUGGCCGGGGAGAGCGCGGGCGCAAAUCUGGCCCACUACGUCGCCGUCCAGGCCGGGGCGAAAGGGGUCGCGGGUUUGAAUCUGACCCGGAUGGUUCUGGUCCACCCGUAUUUCGGGACCGAUCAGCCCGACCGGUUUUACCAGUACAUGUGCCCGACGAGCUCGGGCGCGAAGGACGACCCGAGGGUGCACCCGGCUGGCGACCCGGAUUUGGCGAAGCUGAAGGUUGGGAGGAUUUUGGUUUGCGUGGCGGAGAAGGAUGGGCUGAGGGGAAGGGGCGUGAGCUACGCGGAAACGAUGAAGAAGAGCGAGUGGAAAGGGGCGGUUGAUUUUUUCGAGACCAAAGGGGAAGACCAUUGCUUCCAUUUUUUCAGCCCCAAGAGCGAGAACAUCGCUCCGCUCAUCAAAACCGUCAUCGAUUUCGUGAAGCAAGGUAAUUGA